AAGAGGCGGCAGGUCGGUCUGUUCAUAAUGUCGGGCAGAAAGCCCCGCUCGGUGGCAAACCCCCUGGAGUCUGCGAUCACCACCCCGAGUGAAAGGAUACUGAAGGAAUGCCACAGUCUGUACGUGGACAGCGAAAACGGCCUGGUGACGAUCGCCAGCAGCCUAGGAGUCCGACUCCUGCCUCCCAGGAAGAAGAUCAUUGUGAUGAUAAUGGGGAACCACUCUGCAGGGAAGAGCUCCUUCAUUAACUGGUACGCUGAAGAGCACAUACAGAAAACGGGUGUUGCCAUUGAAACGCAGGGGUUCACGUUCAUCACAAGUGGCCGUAAAAGAGAAUCACUGACGGGGAAUGCAACUCUACACCUUUACCCUCACUUUAGACCACUCCUGGAGUUCAAAGGUGCUAUAGACUAUCUGACUGCUGAGAUCUCCACCUCCAAGCAGAAGAAGUUCAGCCUGGUGACAUUUGUGGACACGCCGGGUUUGGUGGAUGGGGACAUGAUCUACCCAUUUGAUGUGAACAGCGCCAUCACCUGGUUGGGAGAACAGGCUGACCUGAUAUUUGUGUUCUUUGACCCGAUGGGUCAGGCGCUGUGCAAACGUACGCUCAACAUUGUGGAGAAACUGAGUGAGAAGUGCGGAGACAAGCUGUUGUUCUACCUCAGCAAGGCUGAUGAAGCUGGGAAGGAAACAGACCGGCAGAGGGUGAUGAUGCAGAUAGUCCAGGAACUGUGUCGCCGUCCAGGUCUCAACAAAUGUGGUUUUGAGAUGCCCACAAUAUAUAUACCCAACCCACAGAAGCCGAGCCGAUGUGUGAACCAGAUCGAUAAGGUGUGUCAGACCAUCGAGAAGACCAUCAACCAGGCCGUUCAGAAGACUUUGGAUCAGUUGGAGAAAGACUGUGACCUAAUUUGUUCCACCAUCAGCAGCAAAUUAGAACAGGACAGGGCUGAUGCGAGUCACAACAAAAGUGUCCGCCUUCACUCGUUCGUGUGCGGGGCUUUGGGUGUUUUUCUUCCUCUCCUCUUCAUCCUGAGUUUCCUUGUGAACACCAUCUCCAAAGAUCAGGUGGAAGAGCUGUUGGGAGAAGGGCUGGCUCGAACACUGCUCAUCUUCUCAGGAAUAGUGAUGUAUUUAUGGGACUGGAUACCAGAAGAUGGACAAGUAGUGUGUGUGAUCAUUUUUGGGGCGUUUUGCUACCUCCUGCUUUUCCUAGCAAAGUAUUUUGCAGGCCGAAAGAAUAAGACGCUGACGAAGAAGGAAAAGAGGACCAUGUCAGAGUACAAUGACUAUAUCCAGGAUAUCGUCAGAACCAAGAAGGGUAAAUUGUAUGAAUGGUACCUCGAGCAAUGUGCAGCGGAAUAUGACUUCUGACUCCAGGGAAGCGUAUGUUAGCAUAUUGCUAAUAAAGCCAAGGUUUUUGUGAAAAGACACUCCUUGUCCACCAUGAAUCAUUUGGUGAUCUGCGGCAGGAGAAAGAUGAUUCCACCAAAUGAUUUUCUGUUGUCUUAACCUCUCAUGCAGCAGAAAUCACUGCCAACUGCCAUCAUCUCAAGAGUUUCAAGAUUACUCAGAAGUUUAAAAAGUGCCUGUAUUGUUCAGUAUAGCUGAUAAGCUGUGAUUGUUGUCAUUUGAUAAAAGCAAAUUUCAUAAUGUGAAUUCAUUUUUACAAUUUUUGUAGCACAUACAUGUAGACAGAAGUGAACUUUUUCUUAAUUUCUUCUUCAGAAAUAACUUGCAGCUGCUUUCUGACAGCUGUUUAUCCUCCUUGUUGUUUUCAUGUCGUUUUUAUCCUCUCGCAGCCUCCUGAAGUUUAUAAGUUAACAGACUAUGUUACAGUGAUUCUGAUAGCAAUACCACAAUAACAGAUGUAGUAAUAAUACUUGGGAAUUAUAUGAAAUACUUUCAUACCAAUAACUUGCCUACAGUAUAAAGUUUCUCCUGCCUCCAAAGAGUCUGUCCUACCUUUUAGUUUUGUUGUGGAAUUUGUGUGUAGAUGCAGUAGAUUAUCAGUAUGUGAUAGUAUUUACAUAAACCACAGUCGAGAUAGUUGUAAAAAUGUACUUCAGUACAGCACUAUAGUAAAACUGGUGAGCAACGAAGUCUGUAACUGUACUGAUGUUUCUACCCAUUGUUUUAAUGACCUGGUUAACUAAAAUCUGUUUUUAUGACAAUAACACCAUGUAAUGCCUUCACUCCAAUGUUUGUAGAUAUAUUUAUUAGUCUCAGCAGGUGUCUUUGAGGUGCUUUGUUUACAGCGGAUGCACCGAUCUGAUACACCAGAUCGGUAUCAAAGCAGAUACUGACCUUUUUAAGGUAACACAAUUCAGAGAUGAGUCCAAAAAUAUACAUUUUUGUCUUUUCUCGAUCAGCUAUGCUCAUUCAGUCACGGUGGGUUGAGAACAUAAAAUUAUCCACACAGUGAAGUUUACAGAGUUGAAAUUUGGGAAAAGAAAAACACAGAUACACUGAGUUUAGGUAUCGCAGUAGGUAUUAGCAGAAAAAAACAUCAAAUCGGUGCAUCCCUGCAUUUUACCCCAAAUAAAGUAAGAAACUUCUUCGGGCUGUUUGCAAUAUUAUUGUGAACACUGUCAGUUUGUAUUGUAUUUGUGAGUUAGCUGCCUCUUCAGUAGGGAUUUUCUUUUCUUCUUAAUGAGAUAUUUCAUUUAUAAAUGUGUGAAUUGUGUGUGUGAAUGUAUCUAUUUUGUGUUAUUUUUAUUGUAUGAAAUCAAAAAGCCUCUUUGUCUAGAAACAUGUCUUUUUUUUUGUCAUCUUGACUCAAAGAAUGAAACCAGUUGUAAACAUGCAAACUAUGCUGUGUCAC